AUGAGGAAUCAAGACCGCCUCAAAACUCCUCAAGGAGUGCUCACCUCACAUAUAGCGAUGAAAACUCUAAAAAGUCGAAAAAAGUGGCGAAUGGCAAACACUAAAAACCCGUCUGAGCCAGAAGAAUCUUCUUCUGGGGUUGCUUUGAUUUUUCUCAGCUGGUGGUUCUUCAAUUUGCAGAAAAUGGGCAGUGAGAUCCAGAAUUUUGAAGAUUCAAAACUGUCAUCUGAAGCAAUGGAGGACCAUCACGCAUGUUCACCGAAGGAAGGUAAAGGAAAGCGGCUGUGGAAGAAGGUGAAGUAUCAGCUGGUUGAGUACCACACUUUACCCAACUACUUAAGGGACAACGAGUACAUUUUGGGCCAUUACCGGUCCGAAUGGCCGUUGAAGCAGGUCUUGCUUAGUAUGUUUACCAUCCACAAUGAGACGCUAAAUGUUUGGACGCAUUUGAUCGGGUUCUUCCUUUUUCUCUCCCUGACCAUAUACACUGCAAUUAAGCUUCCAGAGGUCGUUGAUCUUCAUGCUCUACAGCAUUUUCCUGAUGUGCUGAAAAAAGCUGAUUUGCACAAAUUACAUGAAGAAUUCAUGACAUGCCUCCCAUCCUUACCCAACAUGCCUCAUCUGAACAGACUUAGAGAAGAGUUGAAGACUUCAUUACCUUCAAUGGAUCUGCUGCCGUCACUCUCUGGUUGGCAUGUCAUGGAACUUCUGAAUAAUUGUUUGCCUCAACGAUUCUCCCAUGGCAACCAAACUGAUGUUUGUGUUCUGAGUAGCAUGAAGGAGGAUUUAGCGAACAUAGUAGCACCACUUAUGCUGAGGCCAAUCACACGAUGGCCAUUCUUUGCUUUCUUGGGAGGAGCCAUGUUUUGCUUGUUGUCCAGCAGUGCAUGCCAUCUUCUCUCAUGCCAUUCUGAGCGAAUGUCAUAUAUCAUGCUCAGACUGGACUAUGCUGGAAUUGCAGCCCUUAUAUCUACCUCAUUCUACCCCCUUGUCUACUACUCCUUCAUGUGUAACCCUUUCUUCUGCAACCUCUACAUGGGAUUUAUAACCCUCUUGGGAAUUGCUACAGUAUUGGUUUCCCUCAUACCAGUCUUUCAGAAUCCUGAAUAUCGUAUUGUUCGUGUAUCUCUAUUUUUAAGCAUGGGCAUGUCUGGGAUUUUACCUGUUAUGCACAAGCUUGUCUUGUUUUCUGAUCAACCUGAGGCACUCCACACAACCGGGUAUGAGAUUCUAAUGGGGGCUCUCUAUGGGGUUGGAGCCUUGGUUUAUGCCACAAGGGUUCCGGAACGAUGGAUGCCUGGGAAAUUCGACAUUGCAGGGCACAGCCACCAAUUGUUUCACAUAUUAGUAGUGGCAGGCGCGUACACUCAUUACCGUGCAGGGCUUGUUUACCUCAAGUGGCGCGAUCUAGAAGGUUGCUGA